CUUCACACAGAUGUGUGUGAGGCGUAAGCGUGCUCAGUUGAGGCGGCGGGACAUCGUGCGCAUACCGGGAUCAACUUCUUUCAAGGAACUACAGUGUUUUAUUCAAACAGCUCGAGAUCAAUUUAAGCCUUAUUAUAAGGAAUAUAGAUCAGCGUCUCGGACAGUCACUUUCGUUUAUAUACUUUUCGCAAUAUUGAGCUGCUUUAAACGCCGAAGAAAAUGCCUGUAGCGUCUCUUCUACCUUUCACGGUUAUCCCGAAUAGGAAGUCUGUCAGCCCGACCUCCUUCAGGCUUACGGAGAAGUUUAUAUUGCUUUUAGUUUUUAGCGGCUUUAUUACUCUGUGUUUCGGAGCUAUCUUCUUCUUGCCGGAUUCUACCAAGCUCCUCAGCGGAGUUUUCUUCCGCUCGUCCUCGGUGGAGGCAGAUACGCGCACAGGUACCGUCAGCGAUUCGAACCCCGGAACGGGCAAGGAUGAGAAGAUACUGGCGAAGAUUAGAAAAGACCACGAAAAGGCACUGCUCGAAGCCAAGGACACCCUACAGAAACGACCGGAAGAGAUUGAUCAAGACAUUAAGCGCGAGAAGGAGAAAGUUGCUGUACGGGCGAAAGCCCUAAAAGAUGACAGUUUGCCCCUCGUUGAGUACUUGCGGCCGCCCGGUGCAACAGGGCACGAGCCGUCAGAUCCUGAUAUUAAAGAGAAGAGAGCCAAAAUUAAAGAGAUGAUGCAAUUUGCUUGGGACAAUUACAAGCACUACGCCUGGGGCUCCAACGAACUGCGUCCCGUCUCUAAGCAGGGCCACUCCAGCAAUCUGUUCGGAAGCCUCAAAGGUGCCACCAUUGUGGAUGCACUGGACACGCUCUACAUCAUGGAGAUGUAUGACGAAUUUGAGGCUGCAACAGAGUGGGUGGAGAGAAACCUGGAUUUCAACAUGAAUGCUGAAAUCUCCGUCUUUGAAGUGAACAUCCGUUUCGUCGGAGGGCUGCUGUCCGCCUAUUAUCUCUCAGGCAAAGAGGUGUUUAGAAAGAAAGCUGUUGAACUGGGAGAGAAGCUGUUGCCGGCUUUCAAGACCCCGACCGGCAUUCCCUGGGCUCUCCUCAACCUGAAGAGUGGGAUAGGCAGAAACUGGCCAUGGGCGUCAGGAGGAAGCAGUAUUCUUGCUGAGUACGGGACGUUGCAUUUGGAGUUUAUGCACCUCAGCGCACUUUCCGGGAGGCCUUCAUUUGCUGAAAAGGUAAUGAAUAUUAGGAAAGUGCUGAAUCGCCUGGACAAACCUCAAGGAUUGUACCCCAAUUACCUGAACCCAAACAGCGGACAGUGGGGCCAACAUCACGUCUCUGUAGGCGGCUUGGGGGACAGUUUCUACGAGUACCUGCUGAAGGCCUGGCUCAUGUCAGACAAAAGCGAUGACGAGGGGAAGAAACUCUACUAUGAUGCCCUGCAGGCUAUUGAAAAGAAUUUGAUUCGCAAGUCAAGCGGAGGGCUGACGUAUAUCGCAGAAUGGAAGGGCGGACUCCUGGAGCACAAGAUGGGUCACCUGACGUGCUUCGCUGGUGGCAUGAUCGCUUUGGGGGCAGACGGAGCCCCUGAUGAUAAGACGGGUAGCCAGAUGGAGCUGGCUGCUGAGAUCGCCCGGACCUGUCACGAGUCGUACGCUCGAACCAGUAUGAAGCUGGGCCCGGAGGCAUUCCGCUUCGACGGCGGCGUGGAGGCCAUCGCCACACGUCAAAACGAGAAAUACUUCAUUCUGAGGCCGGAGGUCAUCGAGACGUACAUGUACAUGUGGAGGUUCACCCACGACCCCAAAUACAGACAGUGGGGAUGGGAAGCCGUACAGGCUCUGGAGACGCACUGUCGGGUGGAAGGUGGUUUCAGCGGCGUGCGGGACGUCUACGGCAGUACCCCCAACCACGAUGAUGUCCAGCAGAGCUUCUUCCUUUCUGAGACACUUAAGUAUCUGUAUCUGCUGUUCUCUGAUGACGAUCACUUGCCCCUCGAGCACUGGGUGUUCAACACGGAAGCCCAUCCUCUUCCCGUCAUUAAGAAACCGAGUCCGGAGCUAACCAAUCAUCUUAAGUAACCCCAAACCUUCCCGAAGCUCCAAUGAAACGUGACUUCCUGGACGUGCUCUGACAGUGGGCGAGAGAUAUGAACUCAGAGUCCCCCUGUGGCCGGAGACGUCCUGACCUCCUGGAGCUUCAGGUCUCCUGUCACAAGCCUCAGUCCCGGAGCGCUUACCCCCGGCUUAUUGUUCUCCGCUAUCUCUGACGAUGGGAUUCCGCAUGCCGCCUCCAUCCCCUCUUUGUCCCCGAUGCUUUGGUCACGUCUCUGAGUCGCAGAGACCGAUGACCAUAUCUCCUCUGUGAGGAGACCAAAUGUUACCCGCCGCCCUCUCUCACACUUAAAAAAAAAGCCAUAGGUAAUUCAAGCGUCGUUUUUCCUUUUUGGCGUCGUAUUUGAGCAAGGAUGUGAGAACGUUGCCCAACUUUUGUUAUUGCUAUUGCUGUCGUUUUGUGUUUCUUUUGUUUAAAAUCGGUUUCAUCUGGGUUUUGUUUUGGUUCGGGGCUUUAUGUGGCAGCAAGGUAGUGAAACGAAGUGAACUAGUGCCUUUUAGUCUUGAUAAACGUUAAGUUAGUCAAAUUUUAAUAUUAAUUUUGGAUUUAUUUUCGCCGUCUGCAUUUGUGUGUCUGAGGGCAUUAUUUUACUGGGCAGUUUGAGAAGGUUGUCGGCCCUCGAACAUUCUUUCUGGAACUGCUGUGGACACGAGAAUCGUUUGAGUUUUUACUUUUUCCCAUUAGCUUGCUUUUAACGUCGCUGAAAAAUGUGUACAAAAUGUGUUUUGUUUACUUCACCAUCGAAGCAGAGACUUUUUCUCCUACAUAUGUAAAAUAAGAGUGCUAUGUGUUAAUUUAUUACGUGUAGACGUUUUCGACGUUUUUCAGUGCAGAGGGCAGGGAACUUAGAUCUUUCUGUAUCUCUCGGAGGGUGUUGGGAAGACACGGGCAGCAUCCAUCAAAGGGGGAGGAAAUAUCUGUAUGAUGAAUGUACUACCAAAUGUGAAUCAUAUUUUGGCCUAGUUGUUGUGAUUUUAUGAUUUUAUCAAAUCGUUUGUUUAAUGUUUAUUUUAAAAUGAAAGCACAAAAAAAACAUGAUUAUAUUUGGGUUCUCCCUGGUGAAGAUAUAUAAGGAUUUUACUGUAGGACAUGACUGCACAAAUGAGAAAUUUCGUCGGAAGGAAAACAAAGCAGACCACUAGACUGGACAAUAAUAGAAAAAGACGAGGACGUGUCACUGGUGGAUCUCGCACGCCGGUAUGCAUAUGUAUAUGUACAUCCCAUGGGAACAAUACAUACACUACAUUCAUUACACAAGAAAUGACUCCAUUACGAUUCAUGGAGGAAUAUACUGAUUCUUAAUCUAUGUGUGAAACCUCUGAUAUGAGGUCUGUAUGGAAAUUCAUGCUGGAUGAAAGGUUUCCUGUUGCUUCAAUGUGAUUGGUUGCUGCUGAUGCUAUUGGAUGCCACACCUCGUCUUUUGUUCUCAUGUUGACCUGUUGCAGUGUUCCUAAAACCAAGCUCACAAAUAUUCACAUCUGGUUAAAAUUGAACCACCUUGCUUGACUAGUAUGUGAGUAGGCGUGGCCGUUUAGCUUUAACCAAUGACGAUCCGUUUCAUGGAUGAUGUAUUAUACUGGUGGAUAAAGUGGUAUUUUACGUAAAAACAGCGAAAAGAAAUACCUCUUAGAACCAUUGAGACACUUGCAUGGUAUUUUUUGGUAUGCUAUCGAACAGCAAAGGAUCCAUAGAUGAAAUUAAUGUCAUGAGCCUGGAGCUCAAGGGAGGCCUGUCAUGCAAAAAAACACUGUGACACACUGUAGACAGGACAUGGCAUUCACUGUAUUCAUGAUACAUCGACUCCAAACGACGUUUAGCUGUAGAGCGGAUUAGCGCGAACUAGCACUUCCUGUCGUCUGUUUAGUUCACGUGAUUCCUUAAGCUGUGAGUUUACAUCGUAGUGGUAAGAAUCAACAGCUGCUCUUCGGAGGCAGACGUUUCCUGGCAGAAUAGAAGAUGUGCUUUUCAGAAUUCUGGAUUUUAAAAAAUCGCUGUUUAAAUAUUGUUGAUGAUCUUGCAUAGCAGAUGCCUUUUUAGUUUGUGAUUCUUGUAUUUUGUUAUUUCUUCAUAAGACCACCUCGGAAAUGUAACUGUUUAAUAUUGCUGAUAAUCAUUCCAUUGCACAUAGUCCGAUUUUUUUCUUUACUAUAUAUGCAAUUUAUUUUGUGGGAAUUUGUCGUUUGGUUUUUUUUCCUUAAUUGUACAUAUUUCAUUCUGGCACAAUGCCAGCCAUCAUUUAUAUGAAUCUCAUUGAUCUUAUGUAAUAAAUUAUAUUAAAGAGCAGCAAAAGAUUUUGAUAAACUAUAUUUGUUACACUUCAAUUGUGAAUAAAACGAUCUUUUAAUAUAA